GAGGAAGCUGUUCUUAAUUCAAGGAGACAAACCUCAACUGAUGAAUUGGGAGAAAUAUGGUCUAAGGAUUGGAGUACAAAAGGAGAGCUUACUGUCUUCUGAGACAGUAGAAGCAGCAGUGGUUGCUCUUGUAGGAGGAGAGUUCCAGUUUCCUCCUAAUACUGUCCUAGUCAGUGCUGUGUAUGCAGUAUCACUCUCAAAGCCUCUCCGUAAAUGGCUCAUAUUAGAAAUACAGCACUGCGUUCAUUUAACUGGACAACCAGAUCUUAGUCGUCAUCUCAAGUUUGCUAUAUCUCCCAUAAACACACCCAGUCUUCCUUACCACUUCUCAUCAGUUGAGGGAGGAGAGUUUGAAGUUGAUAGUUGGUAUGGAUCCAUUCAACGUAAAGAGUUCUGUUUAGUAGCUAUUGUUGGGGAAAAAUUUCUACCCAAAUCAUCAACUAAUGGAGAUGAGUCAGAGGAAGAGGAGGAGGAGGAAGAACAAGCAGAAGAGGAAACUGAGGAGGAAGUAGAAGAUGGUAAUAGUGAUUCAUCCAGUGAUUCUGAUAAGACUAAAGAUCCACCAGGAGGUAGCAGUGGAGGACAAGGAGAGUCUACUAGUAAUGAGGGAGUAGAAGAAGAGGAGGAGACUGGAGGUGAGCCAUUACAUGAGGAAGGAAAUGAAGAGCAAGAUAAUGAAAGAGUAGAAGAGUCAAAGGAUCAUGAAGAACCACAGCAUGAAGAAGCAACUGCUCCAAUACCUUGUACUGAGAUUAGUUCAGAUUUUAAUAGUAAAAUGGUUGUUUCCACUGGUGUAGUAGAGAAUAUGACAUAUGCUGGACAGGUUUAUUAUGAGGAGAAAAGAAAUAAAGAUUUAGUGACCUUCACAGCAGCUAAGAAAUUGAGUGCACUCAUUGAGUUCAUUGAGAAGAAACACGUACAAGCUGAUAUUGAUCAACAUGUCUAUUUUUCCUAUGGUCCUUCCUGUUCAUAUAUUGAAUUAAAGUUUGAUGAACCACAAGAUGAGCCAUUCACUGGUUGGAGUAUUAAGCCUCACCUUAAGCCUUGUAGAUUGCGUCGUUGUGAUAUUGAUAAUUUUGGUGACGCUAAUUAUCCUGUUCCUCCAUCUUGUUUGAUAUCAAUAUAUGGAUCACCUGGUGCUGUACCAUCACUACAUUACUCUGUACCACUAGUGGGUGUUGUUGACCCAGUUACAUUGCUCAUUCAUUGUUCAUUGAGAACUACUCCUCCUCUUCCCUCAGCAAAUCCUAAUAGCUCUAUGGCCUCUAAUGAAUCAAUGUCAGUAUCAUCCACUGGAGGAGCUAGCCCAUCAGCUAUUGCUGAUGUCAAUAAAGUAAAGAAAGUGAUCAAUGAUGUUCUUAUAUCUCAUUAUGCUGCUCUCAAUUCUUUGCCUAAGAAGUCUCUUACUGGUCUUGUCAAUCAGUUGUACACAGCUAAGCUUAUUAGUAAUGAAGUUAGACAAGCUCCUUCAAUGGAAGAGUGCAUUGAUGAGUUCAAGGCCAGUCUCAGUUUCAAGAGGAAGUUACCUCAAGUGGAGGAGCACUGUCAAAAGUUCUUAAGCUCAUUCAUUGCUGUAAGAGGCAGUUAUGCUGAUGCAGCAAUAGCUUUAGGUGAGGACUGGAUUGAAGCUAUUAGGAAUGAAUUAACACUUGAUUUCAAUAUUAAUGUUGAUAAAUAAUUUCUGUAUAAUUAUAGAGUAAUUGCUUUAUUAGUUUUCCAUGUCAUAGGUGUUAAUUAUGUUAUAGUCAAGAAAGAUCUAAAUGUA